AUGUCCAAGUCUUACUUUAUCUCUGGUGGUAACCGUGGUAUCGGACUCGCUCUCGUCAAACUGCUCAGCUCCGAUACAUCAAACACAGUAGUUGCCGGUACUCGUAAUGUAGAAGGUGCUACUGAUUUAAAAGAAUGGGCUAACUUGCACUCAAACGUAAAGAUCGUUGCCUUAGACGUUUCCCUUGCCGCCAGCAAUGUAGAGGCUGCCAAGGAGACUGCUCGUAUUUUGCCGGAUGGUCUAGACGUGCUGAUUGCCAAUGCUGGUAUCGCCAAGGCAACCGGAACUCUCCUGGAGAGCACUGACGACCUAUUCUACGAACAUUUCACUACUAACACCGUAGGCCCAAUCAGACUUCUUCGUGCAUUCAAGUCUUUGUUGGACAUGAAGUCGACAAAACACUUUGCAGUUGUGUCUUCUAUCGCAGGGUCUCUAGUAAGCAACAUCAACAUCUCGGUUUCCACGUCUUCGUACGGUUUGUCGAAAGCUGCACUCAACUUUGCGAUUAUCAAUUUAAAUAGAGAGUUGGGCCCAGAAGGCUACAAGGUCGUGGCUUUGCAUCCAGGUCUGGUUAGCUCCGAUAUGGGCAGCAAGACUUUGGAAGAUGAAGCCCUCAAGGACGUGCUUAAAGAUUUGCUCAAGAAGUUCCCGCCCAUCACGCCUGAAGAAGCUGCGAAAGCAAUCAACAAGAACGUUUUGGAAAAGCUGCCCGAAGUUGCAGGCAGGUUUAUUUCCCACGACGGUUCAGAGAUCCCAUGGUAA